AAAACGACCAAUCUCCUCACAAACCUCUCACGAUGCCGGGACUAUCGCUAGUAGAAGGUUCUUUCGAGGAGCUCUCGCUCGAGAUUGCGACAUACCUGGACAACGCAAAGGGCGACGAUGGCACGACGGUCGCAGACAUCACACCUUUCCUGGCCGACGCAGAAAAGGAAGGCAGCAAAACAGACAUCGACGCAGUGCUGAAAAAGUUGGUCACGGCGUCGUCCAUUCUGAAUGGUGCGCCUGAGAAGGAGGUGCAGGCGGCGUACAACCUGCUCAUCCACCUCAUCUCACACGCCGAGGACGAGGACCCAUACAUUGCGCGCAUCUGCACCUACCUCGCGCAGCCUCUCACCGGAUCUCCCUUCAACGGCGGCGGCAUCGCGCUUGGUAUCCUCAGCACGCUCUUCAACCAGAUCAAGCCUGACGACGAGACACGAUUCCACGUACUGUUGGCUGUCAUUUCCGUGAUCAAGAGCACCGGCAACUUUGACACCCUCGCGCCACAACUGAAGAAUGUCGACAGCUGGAUCGAAGAGUGGGAAUUGGAGCCAGCAGAGGCCCGGAAAUUGUACACGGCCAUCUCAGACGCCGCUUCCACUGCGAAAGAGACGGAGGAGGCCUACCACUACUUGCUCAAGGCACUCAACACCAUUCAAGCAGACGCUGCCACGCCUGAAGCGCGUGAACUCUCCGUCCGCGCCCUCAAGCUCGCCCUGCAAAAGGACAAGCAUUUCGACUUCCAAGACUUGACUGCUCUGGACAGCAUCCAGGCCCUGCGCAAGUCCGACGAGACGCUUUUCGAACUCCUCGAGCUCUUCAGCACCGAGAACUUUGAUGAUUUCCAGGAUUUCAAGGAAGGCAACGGCUCCUUCCUAGAAGAGCAAGACCUGGACGAAGACAUUCUCGACAAGAAGAUGCGCCUCCUUACACUCGCCUCGCUUUCAGCAGCCGCACACCAGUCGCGCACACUACCUUAUGCACAAAUUGCGAAAGCCCUGCAGAUCCCAUCCUCCGAAGUCGAAAUGUGGGUCAUUGAUAGCAUCCGCUCGGGACUUGUGGAGGGUAAGCUCUCGCAGCAGAAGCAGGAGUUUCUUAUCCACCGCAGCACAUACCGUGUCUUUGGUGAUAGCCAAUGGAGGGAAGUAGCAUCUCGACUGGAUGUGUGGAAAAACAGUCUGCAGAACGUCUUGGCUGUGAUCAGGCAACAGAAGCUAGAUUUGAUCAAGGAGAAGGAACAGGAGGCGAACACCAAUGCAAACGGAGAGAGGAGAGGCGGCUACAGACCAUACAACAGGGCAGGAGGGAAUCAGAACGAUCGCCGAGAACAAUCGGCCAUCGAGGUUGAUUAGAUUGGUGGUGAUGAGCUGUUCUACUCUACAAAGGUCUUUAUCAGCAUGGCGUCGGUGGGUUCUGGCAAGACGAAAAGGGCAUGACACAAGAGCUGCUCUUGCAUGAGUUGAAGGGGUCUCUAACAGAAUCAUGUUAUGUGUUCUAGACAUGGCUCACGACUGUGCAUAGAUCACGAUAUGGUGGUCUACGAAAGCGAAAGUUCUUAACGCCUUGCUUCAUACUGCCUGCCUGCCUGCCUCCCUGCCUUCCCUCCCCGAUCCAAUCUUACUAUGUACUUGUCGGCUCCCGCUAUAUUCUGACCGCAC